AUGGCUGGCCAAGGCACCAGUAACGAUGUGCCCAGUACCGCAGCCGGCGCCCCGCAGCCCGUCGUAGUUAUGCUGGCUGACGGUCGGCUGCAGCAGCCAGCCAAGCUGGGGGCGGUGGUCGCCGACGCGCUGCGGCGGUGGUACCUCGAAACGGAGAAGGAGGCGCUGCGCGGGGACGUGAAGGCGCAGGCGCUCCUGGGGCAGAUGCUGAUAGAGGGGUAUGGCUGCCAGGCCGACCCCGUGAAGGGCCGCGAGUGGGCUGAGAAGGCGCGGCGGCGAGGCAGCAACCUUCUGGCCUCCAUCCUGCCCCCCCCCGUGCGACUGCAGAACCUGGGGCCUCUGCUGCCGCGGCCCCUGACGCACUGUUUCUAUCCAGCAGGCUUUGCCGAAGAGGUACAUGAGGUGGGACCCUGCACCGACCGAGAUGGCCCCUGCCUAGUGCACUACAAGCGCACGCGGCUGACCCCCGCCGAGCUCAAUGCCUGGAUUUACAGCAACAGCUCCGCCAACGCGGCGGUUGUGAGGGUGUACUUCCUGCAGAGCAGCCCCGGCGUGGCGCUGUCCCGGCAGCAGCUGGUGGAGCAGCUGGUGGCGGCAGGGCCGGCCCCCGACGGUGGCCGCCUGCGCCUGCAGUGCUUCCCUCGCUCUCUGGAGGGCUGGCUGGGUGACCAGCUGCCUCCCAGCUUCAACCUGCAGCCUGUCGACCCUGCCUGGGUGCUGCACAUUGUGCGCAUGCCUGCAGAGGAGCAGCAGCAGGCAGAGCCAGCAAAGCAGCAGGGGCAGCAGCAGCAGGAGGAGCGGUUCCUCUGGAGCCUGCAGCGUGCGGAUCAUCUGUACAACUACCAGCCCGUGCGAGACAAGCGGGUGCCUGACCAGCUGUGCAAGGCAGCAGGCAAGCUGUCCGAGGCGCUGACGGCGGCAGGCCUGCAGCUGACCAGCGGCGUGGCGGUGGACCUUGGGGCCGCGCCGGGCGGGUGGACGCACGUGCUGGCGCAGCGGGCGCGGCUGGUGCUGGCUGUGGACCCGGCGCCCAUGGAUGAGCGGGCGCUGGUGCCUGGCGUGGUCACCCACCUGGCCUGCAAGGCAGAGGCGGCUGUGCAGCAGAUUGUCGGCAUGGUUGGGGAGGCGGGUGUGGACCUGAUCGUCUCAGACGUGAACAGGCACCCGUCCCAGAUUGUGGACAUGCUGCGCCCGCUGCUGCCGCUGCUGCACCCCGGGGCUGCCGUCAUCAUGACGCUCAAGUUCUUUGGCCGGGGCCAGGGACGGACCGAGGAGUGGCGGCAGAAGCUGGCGGAGCAGCUGGCGCCCGAGUUUGAGCGGGUGCAGCUGCUGUGGCUGCUGGCCAACACGCAGCACGAGCAGACCGCCAUCGCCUUCAAGGCUGCGGGGCAUACGACAGGUGCAGGAGCGGCGGCAAAUGGCGCGGCGGUGGAGGCGGCAGCCAAUCGCCUGGCGCAGUGA